GUAUAGUUCCUUGUCGUGUUUAUAUAUGAAUGUUCUGAAACUUAUCUCUCACUGUUCUUCAACAUUCGGUUAAGAUGAAAGUGUAUUUGGUAUUUUUAGUCUUAGUCAGUGGAUUAUCUGCGAGACUUAUAUCUGAAGAUGAUUUGACCGGUCUGUUUAAGAAAAUCAUAAAAAACCAGGCCUCGGAAAAUGAUUUAAGUAUGUUAAACGAUGUUUUUCAUAUUUAUAGACCAACGUACCUGAUGAAAACACAGGAAACUCAUACUAGAACAACCCUGACCUGCCUACUAUGUCGCAGUAUAUUUUCAGCAUUCAUAGACAUGGUUGAAGAAAACCAAUCCGAGCAGAAUCUUAUAAACACCAUAACCACAUUAUGCUCCACUCUGGGAGUUCUUAGCCCGAAAUCAUGCAGUGGUCUUAUCGAUUUGAAUUUGCCUAUAAUAAUUUAUAUAAUAAAAAAUACUCCAGGCGUAGCCUCAAGAACUUUUUGUGGAUUACUGUUUCAAACUGCCAAUAAUCCGAACUCUUGUGUUUACAAUGAUCCGAGAUUUGAGUGGUCUGUUGAUUUACCAGAACCUUCAGAAUUUAUGGAGACCGAGUCUCGCCAAUCGAACUCGAAGCCACUGAAAAUUGCUUUAAUUUCGGAUGCGCACAUAGAUCCGUUUUACGAACCAAAUGGAGUCGCAGACUGCGAUGAACCGACUUGUUGUAGGAAGGAACAAACUCCAAGGAGAUUAACCUUCAAUUAUGACUUACUAGAGACUCAUGUAGACAAAAGUCUGUCAAAUACAGGUGAUACAUACAUGCUGAAUCUAGACGCAGCUACGGGUAUUAAAAGUGUAAAUAUUGUGUCAAGAAAUAACAACACUUCACCGCCCGCCGGUUAUUGGGGAGAUUAUAGGAAUUGCGACACCCCUCUAUGGGCGUACGACGAUGUUAUUGAAAGAAUAGCUUCCGCACAUAAGGAUAUAGAUGUAGUUUAUUAUAUAGGUGAUAAUAUUGAUCAUCACGUAUGGGAGACGACAUUUGAAAUGAUAAAUGGUAUGAACCAAUAUGUUAUUGAUAAAAUGAGAAAAGAAUUUGGGGACAAUGUGUUGAUUGUACCGUGUAUAGGAAACCACGAAUCUCAACCAACAAACCAAUUUGCUCCGAGUUCGAUCAAAGGGGAUAAACUCAAUACGACUUGGCUUUACGAGGCCUUGGUUAAAAAAUGGGACUACUACUUAACAGAGGAAGCCAAGAUAACUAUUUUGGAAAAAGGAGCGUUUACGAGACUCAUUAAACCAGGAUUAAGAGUGAUUUCCAUAAACAGUAACAUUGCAUAUAGAAGCAAUUGGUGGCUGGUGUAUGAUCCAUUGGAAGCAAAGAGACAUUUAGAAUGGUUAGUAUCCGAACUAUACAAAGCAGAAAUCGCCGGAGAGAAGGUUCACAUACUGUCUCACAUUCCGCCAGGAGUACAUGACCUCAUUUACACUUGGACAAGGGAAUAUAAUAGAAUUAUUAAUAGAUUUAAAAAAACGAUAACUGCUGAAUUCAAUGGUCAUUUGCAUUCUGAUGAAUUCAAAAUAUUCUAUAACGGCUCGGAUCCUGUCGCGAUGGCUUGGGGCGUAGGAAGUUCCACAUCUUACUCGGAUUACAACGUAAAUUACAAAAUCGCCACCAUAGAUAACAAUACAUUUGAACCAUUGAACAUAGUCAACUACAUAUACAAUCUUACGGAAGCAAAUCUUACACCGAAUAGACGUCCUCAUUGGUUCCAACUAUAUGACGUCAGAGGCACCUUUGGAAUACCAGAUCUAUCGCCGGCAUCAUUAGACAACCUAGUAUACCGAAUGGUCACCAAUCAAACUCAAUAUUUGGAUCUAUAUGCCGCCUUCUACUCAAAACUAAGCGACACAAGAUGGCCGAAUUGCAAUGACAAUUGCAAAAUUGACAACCUCUGUAAAACCGUUGUCACCGUGCUAUGGGAGCGUUCGAAAUGCGAAGAAUUACGUUCGUUAUAUUUUUCAUCGAAAUUAUAA